CCGUUCUUAUGUGGCUAUGGCUGGAGCUUGUCAUGCUGGAAAAACAGCCACAAAAAUGAACUUAGCUGGCGAGCCAUAUGAUGAAAAGUAUGACAGUACAGUAGGCGGUGAUAUGUUUGUUUUAGAUCUAGACAACUGGACAAUUGAACAUACAGCACGAAGUGAUGAAUCCGGGAAUAAAGGUAUCCAUACUACUCGAAGCAUAUCACGUACGAUUACGGCUCCUUUAGAUAGGAAAGAGAGUCAGCAAGCAUCUGCUGAUAGAUCAAGAACUGAAAAGCUAAGACGUAUUGAUGAACGUAUAAGACGAGUAGAAAACACAGAUGCAGUAGACUUUGAUGUCACCCUACUAGAUUUUGCAGGACAACAAGUCUAUGAAAUGUCUCAUCAG